AGCCCACUACUCUUUUUGGACAAUUGGAAGCAUGUUGUUUCGGAAACAAGUCCAACACUAAUCUUGUUGGACCUCUCAAUCCCAACAACCCAAGCCCAGCUUCCAUUCUUUCCUCAAUCUUAACAUAAAAAUAUUGAUCACCGACCCCCGCCUAUCUUUCAAUCGGCUCUGUCCCUCGUCUUCGGCCAUCUAUCAGUCCAACCAUGUAUCGGCCGUUUUUUUGCAACUCCACUGAACAUAUCGCAUCUCCAAUUUUCAUAUCGGGUAGGUAAUUGGAAUCGUGAGAACAAUGGAAGAUGCAGUCUCAUUGCUUGUCUCCUCUCCGUCUACGUGGAUCUCGAAUAGAAGGUCUAUGGAGGAGUCUAAUCAGGAUGAUAUUAUUGUGGACAUACAGAAUCUAUUUAAUGGAGGUGGCUGUAAUAGUGUUUCUGGGUCGCCUUUUGUUAAUAGGACAAUACCCGCGGGAACAUUUGGCUGUGUAAAAACAAUUCCGCUUCCAGAUCUCAUGGAAGAAAAGAAUAUUGCAAAAUAUGAAAGGAUUGUUGCUCUCAGCAAAAUGUCUCUUUCUUUUUACGAGAAAAAUCAUCCAGGAGAGUCAUAUGAGUUUGACAGUCUGAAGGAUGUGAAUCAUGCGCCCAUUCAUGGCCUAACAUAUUUCAUCACCUUUUUGGCAAAAAAGUUGGGGGCAGAUGGUAGUCCUUCAAAAAUGUUUAAAGCCCGAGUAAACUUGCUUAUGAGCAGCGUCGAAGUGCUGAAAUGUGAGCUGAUAAAUUAUCUUGGGUAUUGCUCUUGAUUCUGUUAAUUAUAUUCUAUUUAUGGAGUAUUUAUACAUGUUUUAAUGAAGAAAUGUGAGCGGUUAAACUGGCUUGGGUAUUGCUUUGGGCCUUUGGCUUCUAUUAAUGAACGUCAUACUGUAUGGAUAUUGAAUUAUGUUUCAAUAGUUGCUGAUGAUAAAGCUGUUACUGGUGUGUAGCCUGUGCAUAUAAGUUGAUGGAUCGACACUUGUAGUUUGAUAAACCUUUUAUUUUCUCUUCCUGCAAUGCAUGCUACUUUUGUUUGUUAGUUGUUCAUAUCCAAC